AUGACUACAGCAUAUCCAUAUCCAACUCCUGCUGCCACACCACCUCUCGAUUCCCCAUUGCAAACCACCGUCCUUGUUUCCUCUAGAGCAGCCAUCUUUGAUGGGAAAGACAAUCUUACUAUCUCGCCUGCAACCAUCACAAUUUCACCUUCCACUGGCAAGAUCAUAUCAAUCUUACCUACCGUUCUCCCUCCCUCCAGCUUUCCAGCAAACACAAUUUAUGUCGACCACACCCCUCAUUUGAUCCUUCCGGGGUUAGUUGACGCACAUGUACAUCUUAAUGAGCCGGGUCGAACAGAAUGGGAGGGUUUCAAUACUGGAACGAAAGCUGCCGCAUCAGGUGGUGUCACAACCGUCAUUGAUAUGCCUUUGAAUGCUAUUCCACCAACUACAACGUUGAAUGGAUUGCAAGAAAAGAUUAAGGCUGCCCAAGGUCAAUGCUGGGUUGAUGUUGGGUUUUAUGGUGGGAUCAUACCUGGUAAUGCCGAGGAGUUGCUUCCGCUUGUUGAAGCAGGAGUCAGAGGUUUUAAGGGUUUCCUUAUAGAAAGUGGUGUUGACGAAUUCCCUGCCGUCUCUUCCUCCGAUGUAGCCCUCGCACUCAAGACCCUUAAAGAUACUUCCACAACUCUCAUGUUCCACGCAGAAAUGAUUCCACCAAUAACAGCCUCUGUUGGUGAUGACGUCCAAGUAUCCCUCCCACCUCUCCAGCCAUCCGGACCCCUAACAACAUACGACACAUUCCUAUCAUCCCGCCCUCCCUCUUUUGAAACCUACGCUGUCGAUGAAAUCAUUUCUCUUGCUCACCUCGCUCCCUCACUUCAUCUCCACAUUGUCCAUCUUUCUGCCAUCGAAGCCAUCCCACUUCUCCGCGCCGCUCGCUCCUCUGGGAUAAACAUCACCGCCGAAACCUGUUUCCACUAUCUUGCUCUCGCAUCCGAAGACGUUCCCGAGGGUGAUACCCGCCAUAAAUGUUGUCCACCAAUCCGCUCAUCCGCUAAUCGAGAUGGUCUCUGGGCCGAAUUAUCACACCCUGAAUCCGUCAUCAAAACCAUCGUCAGCGAUCACAGCCCUUGCACCCCAGAACUCAAACUUCUCCCCGAACAUCUAUCCCACGGUUGUGGCGCCAUGCGCGAUGACGCUAAAGCCGUAAACGGCACUUUACUAAAAGAUCAAGAAGCCAAAGAAAAGGGUGAUUUCUUCGCCUCCUGGGGUGGUAUCUCUUCAGUUGGUCUUGGCCUCCCAAUCCUCUGGACUGAAGCGACAUCUCCAUCCCGCGCUUCCUCUCCCUCUACUCUCGGUAUCGUCGACAUCGUAAAACUUUGCGCAGUGAACACAGCUAAACAAGUUGGACUUCAACAUCGUAAAGGUGCAUUAAGACCAGGUUUAGAUGCGGAUAUUUGUAUUUUUGAAGAUGAUCAUGAAUGGGUUGUAGGCAGAGAAGAAUUGCUUUUUAGAAAUAAAGUUAGUCCAUACACAGGGAAGACUAUGAAGGGAAGGGUUAAGGAAACGUGGGUUAGAGGAGCCAAGGUUUAUGAGAGAGGAAUUGGGGAGAUGAAUGGAAUGGUUGUUAGGAAGGAGGGACCUGUAGGAAGAUUGCUUUUAGAGAAGAGGAUUGUUUAG